UCUCUCUCUAAAAAUUUCUAGCCAAUUUCUACUCUCUCUCUCUCUCGCCGUCUCUUUCGUGGACUCGUAUUGGCAGUAGUUGCAGUCAAUCUCAAAGCCUGUAAAGAACCUUCUAAUUUCCUAAUUAUUAUCGAUCCAAACCCUGUAAUUCCAUGAGCGACUCCCAGUCUUCUUCUUCUUCCUCCUCCUCCUACGACUCGGCCUCGCUUGGGCUCCCACCGCCGAAUGUUGAUGGGAAUCAUAGACCUUCAGAUGACAGUCGUUCAUUGUCUCAGGGACUCAAUCCAACAGUUUCACGUCAUUGGCGGGACGUGUUUUGGUUGUUGAUAUUCAUGGUACAUUUGACUGUGGUAGGUUUGGCUUUAGGGGUUCUUGGGCUCAAUAGGUUUAAGACAAAGGAUAGGCUGAACAUUGAUAGGUACACAAUGGGUUUCCUAGAGAAUAAAGAUGGUCUAACUGAGGAUUACUGGCGGUUUUAUGCUGUUGCUGGUGGAGUUGGAACAGUUCUUGGGUGGAUUUGGUUGUUAUUGCUCAGUUCACGUGCAACUCAGAUAAUGAAAUUCUCAGUGCACAUCUUGACUACUUAUCUUGCUGUUAUUAGUGUGCUGUGUUUUUGGUGUAAGCAGUUCUUCUGGGGUGUCGCAUUUGCCAUUGGUGCUUCAUUGCAGUUCUUGUAUGUUAUAUCAGUCAUAGACAGUAGACUUCCAUUUACAAUGCUGGUACUACAAAGAGCAGUGAAGAUGGUGUGGAACAUUCCUGAGGUCUUGCAAGUAGCAUGCAUAUUCAUGCUAUUCAUGCUUUUAUGGCUUGCACUUUGGUCCUUCGGUUCUGCUGGUGUUGUUGCUUUAAGUAUUGGUGACAGUGGACGUUGGUGGCUUCUUGUGGUUUUGUCUGUGAGUUUGUUUUGGACUGGUGCUGUUCUCUGUAAUGUUGUCCAUGUUAUAGUUUCUGGAAUGGUGUUUCUUGUCCUAUUCCAUGGUGGUCAAGAAGCAACAUCAAUGCCUCCUAAACCUCUGAUGAAUUCUUUGCGCUAUGCUUUCACCACUUCUUUUGGAAGCAUAUGCUAUGGAUCACUCUUUACAGCUGCUAUACGAACAUUGAGGUGGGAGAUUAGGGGAUUGAGGUCAAAGAUUGGCAAAAAUGAGUGUUUGCUCUGUUGUGUUGAUUUUCUAUUUCAUCUGGUAGAGUUUCUAGUUCGUUGGUUCAACAAGUAUGCUUAUGUCCAGAUCGCAGUUUAUGGGAAAAACUUUAAUCGCUCUGCGAAAGAUGCGUGGGAGUUAUUUCAGUCAACUGGUGUUGAAGCACUUAUUGCUUAUGACUGUUCAGGUGCUGUUCUAUUGAUGGCAACGCUCUUGGGUGGGCUUAUUGCUGGAACUUGUGCAGGAGUUUGGGCGUGGAUUAAACAUUCCGACCGAGUGAUGAUGGUGGGAUCUACAGCCAUGUUGAUGGGAAUGAUCUUGGUUGGCUUGGCAACUGUAGUUGUGGAAAGUGCAGUAACAUCCAUUUACAUAUGCUAUGCCGAAGACCCCUCUCUAAUAAACAGGUGGGAUUCAGCCUUUUUUACUCUGAUCUCAGAAAAACUACAUCAGCGAUUGCAACAUGGAAGUGCAAGGGCAAGGGCAAGGGAAGUAUUAAGUCAUAAUAGAGAUUAUCAAAUCCAAGAAGCAGGUACUAUUUGACUUCCUUUUGCACAAGCAAGCACUGUGCAACUUUUUAUUGCAUUUUAUGGACAGAAAUUUAGACUACAAUUGAUCACACAGUGACUCCUUUUUUCAACUAUAAUAUUUUCAUUACAUUAUAGUUCAGCCUACCGAACAAGUCAUACAUUUAUAACAUGUGAAGCAGACAAUAAAAAUAAUACACUAACAAAUGCCCCAUAUAAAAUUUCAAUUGAAUGCUCAAGGAUAGUUCGAGGGUCGAAUGUUUGUAUUGUCAGGAUGCUUAUCUCUGCACAUGUCUGAAUAGAUCUUACUAUCCUCGGCUCAUUGUCAA